AUGGAUCCUUCUAUGUACAGGGCAGCAACUUGUGGUGAUGUUGGCAUCUUGCAAAAGAUUAGAAAUGGUGAGGUAUCAGUUGAUCUUCUCAGUUAUCAAACCCCUAAAGGUAACAAUGUUCUUCAUCUUGCAGCUGAAUUCAAGCGUAUCAAUGUCUUCACAGACAUCCCUCUUGACAAACAUUCACCGUUGUUCUGGUCCGUCAACAAGAUGGGUGAUACCCCCUUACACAUUGCUGCCAGAGUAGGAUGUGACGAAGUGAUAGACUUCCUCAUCGAACGUGCAAAAGCCCUACAUGUUCGAAGAGCCAACGAUCAGGAAAGGGGACCAACUUAUGCUAAAUCUUACAAAAAGUUGCUACGAAAGACCAACUUGAAAUGCAUACUGUGA